CGUUGACUUUCCUAGGGGACCCAGUAUUAUAAAUUGAUGUCUAACCUUCCUUCAACAAUCCAUUCAUAGAUAUAUACUAAGAAAAGCGACUGUUGGGAUCAGCAUCAACCGUAUUUAGAAAUAAGUUGUGGAUAAAUUGAGGGGAGUAGGUACGUAACCCACCGGAGAGAUGAACCCUCCACGUCCACUGCCCCCACCGAGCCCCUCAACCCACCAGCAGCAGCUGCAUCUACAGCACCAGCAGCAGAACCAAGACGUCAUGGUUCAAAUUCCUCAGCAACCACCAACACACCCGAAUACUCAUCUACCAACACUGCCAGAAAAUCUACCUAGACUAGAACUAAUCAAUGGAAAUAGAGAAGAGUACCUCCAUAUUGGAGUUCCACUUUAUGAAGCGUCAAUCAAAGGAGACUGGAAAGCUGCCGAAGCCAUCCUUGAAACAAGACCAGAGCUGGUACGAUCUGCAAUCACUGAAAAUUUCGAAACACCGCUUCACAUUGCAGCAUCUGCACGAAGCACCAAAUCAGUGGAAGAAUUUGUUAAAAAUCUAGUAACUAAGAUGGAAGCCAAGGAUCUUGAAUUACAAAAUAAAAGUUCCAACACUGCUCUCAGUUUGGCAGCCACUGCAGGAAAUGUUGAAACCGCAAAGAUAAUGGUGAAGAAGAAUAAAGCCGUGCUGGAAAUUCCUGGAAGUCAAGGAAUGAUGCCACUCUAUGUGGCUGCUUUAUUUGCAAGAGACAAAAUGGUGAGGUAUCUUUAUUAUGAGAUUCCCAAUAGCAUGUUAGGAGAUUAUUGGAAAGAUGAAAAUCGGGGAUGGGUUCUUCAGAAAUGUGUUGAAGCCGAUCUCUUCGAUGUUGCUCUAAAAAUAGUCAACGAUUACCCCAAACUCACCACGAAUAAAAGACUACUCAGAGAUAUACUUGUAGUUUUGGCUAAGAAGACCGAUGCAUUUAAGGAAAAAAAGCCACAUAUUAUCUUGGGAACUAUCAAGUCAAUUUUUGCAGUAUUUCACGUGAAGGUGGGGCCUGAUGAAAGAGAAAGUGACGCUCUACAAUUGUUAAAAAUCAUUUGGAAACAGGUUGUCAUAAUGCCUAAGAAAGAUAUCGAUGACAUAAUUCGAGGGCCACCUGCAACGAUUGAAGAGCAUAAAAAGAAAAACACACAUUACCCUUCCCGGGUACUUUUCGUUGCUGCAAAAAUGGGUAACAUAAAAUUUAUAAGUGAGCUCAUUCGGUCAUAUCCAGAUCUAAUAUGGAAGGUAGAUGAAAAAGGGCUAAGUAUGUUUCAUAAAGCUGUCAAGCGUCGUCAAGAAAAGAUCUACAAUUUGUUAUAUGAAAUAGGCUCAAUGAAAGAUUUAAUAACCCCUAUCAAAGAUGACGUUGGCAAUAAUAUGUUGCAUUUAGUUGGGAAGAGUGCUAAGCCAAAUCGAUUUCAAAACGUGUCAGGAGUUGCUCUACAAAUGCAACGAGAGUUAUUAUGGUUCGAGGAAGUAAAGCAGAUAAUCCCUCCUUCUUACAGACAAAAGAAAAAUUUUGCUGGUGAAGAACCACAUGACAUAUUCACAAAGAGUCAUGCAAAACUAGUUGAGAAAGGUGAGGAGUGGAUGAAGGACACAGCUGCACAAUGCAUGGUGGUUGCCACUCUUAUAGCAACCAUAGUAUUUGCCGCUGGUUUUACACUUCCUGGUGGUUAUGACCAAAACAAUGGACUUCCUAUGUUCGGCCCCAGAUCAGCACUGGUUGUUUUUGUGAUCGCAGAUGCCAUUUCAUUGAUAUUCUCUUCAACCUCAGUCCUUAUUUUCCUAUCUAUCCUCACAUCUCGUUAUGCUGAACGUGAUUUCCUGGAAUCAUUACCGAAAAAGCUGAUGUUCGGUCUUGGAACACUCUUCCUCUCGAUUGUGACCAUGAUGAUUGCAUUUGGUUCGAGCUUCUUCUUACUAUAUCAUAAAAACCAGAAAUGGAUACCAUAUAUGGUCGCUGGUUUUGCUGCUAUACCAGUCAUUCUGUUUGCCUUCCUGCAAUCUCGUCUUUUAUUGGAUGUCUUCUACUCAUCAUAUCGAUCCAGAUAUCUUUUUAAGCCCAAGAAACAUACGCUUUACGAUUAGAGAAUCAGUGUAACUUUUUUCCAAGUUGUAACUCAAAAUUGUUAUUGAUGGUUUAUAAUGCGCAUGCUUGAUUAUGUAUUA